AGUGGUUCGUCGAGGAUCGGAGGAGAGGUUGGGGACACAACUUCCAUGGUACAGAAAUGUUACGGCAAAAACGGUAGUGAAAGAGUGAGAAAGGAGACAAGGGGAUGACUGACCAGGAAGUCACUGUGGGGGAGCCCCCUCCCCCAUAUAUGAUCUUCAUCCUGGUCUUUUUCUUCUUCAUCACCGGCCUGUUUGGAUUCCUUGUCUGCCACACGCUUAAGAAGAGGGGAUACCGCUGUCGAACAGGAGAGCCUGAGGAUGACGAUGACUGUGAGGACAAACUGGAUCCAGAGAAUGAUGAUGGGUCAGAAGAAAAUCAAGACACAGUUGAACAAAUUCUGAAAUGUAUAAUUGAGAAUGAAGCUAAUAUGGAGGCAUUCAAAGAGAUGUUAGGAAACCAGAGUGUAUGUGAACAUCAUGAUCCAAGAUUGCUCCGCAAAGAGAGUUUGGGGGGCAUUCCCCCUCAUCACCACACUGUCCAUUCUGGAAUUGACCAGAACACUUGCCAUCUCUGUGUCCAAUCACGCUCCAAGAAAGGCAGGCGUAGGAGUCGUGUUGCUCGAGGCAAAACCAGGGCAGGCGAGCAGACGGUGUUUUCUGUUGGCAGGUUCAGAGUCACCCACAUGGACAAGAAGAACAGUCUUCAGGGGUCCACUAAUCUGCCAGUUGCAGAGUCAGCAGACCAAUCAGAGCAUACAGAACCACUAAACAGUGAGAAAGAGAAUGAAGAGAACUCCCAAAAGCCUCGGGAAGGGUACGACAUCCGCAACAUGUUCAAAGAUGUCACUCCGCAGGCAACCAAUGGAAUGGCCCCAAAUGCAACCAAACGUAAGAAGAGUGUCACUCUCCUAGGAUUUCGAAGAUGCAGUGAUCCAAUAGGAACUAAGGGGAACUCACAAAAAGUCAUUUUUAAGGAGGACGAGGCCUGUGAGACUCAUGAUCAGCUCCCUGAACCUCCUGAGGAGUCCUUAGCCACAGAUGCUACUUGCCCCCCCAAAGAAACUGAGGUAGCUCCAGACAUAAAGUCUCCAAAGACGGGGUCACUGAACAAGUUAGAGCUGGUAGAAACGCUUAACUUCCAGACCAGCCCAGACAAUAAACAAGCUACCAAAGUGUUUUCAAGGGCCGGAUCUCCAGACAGCAAGUUAGACAUAGCAGAUGUUCGAAUAGUCAAGGCCAGCCCAGACAGCGUACGGGAGUUUGCUGUGGUACGUGCAGAGGAGAUAGCCGACGUGACCACCACAGCCCCUACAGAUGAAGGGAAAGAUGACAUGGUGGAGAUGGAGGACAUUAAGGACUGUAGAGUUAGUCAGGAGGAGGAUGGUCUCUCUCUAGAAGAAAAGAGAAGGUCAGGGCACAACAAGCACAAAUGGUGAAAAGCCCUGUUGGGUUUAUUCUAGGGGACUGAAGCUCUAUUGUGACACGAUGAAACAGCUAGCAAUACAAAAUAAUUGAGUUGCAUUAAUACUAUGCCAGAUGAUGUUGCUUUCAGUUGUGUAUGCCAUGAGUGGUGUCAUGGUUAAUUCAGGACACGAUUGUUCAACAGUGAUGUCAAAAAGUUGUACUGGCCAAAGUAAGCCAUAGCCCCUAACAUCCACACAUAUUCACCUGAUGCUUGCAUUGACGCUUGCACAGCAGCUAGUCUCAGUGUGCAAUAAUAGUUGUGGAGAGCCCAAGUGUUUCUGAAAACAACAUUCUGAAAACAAUGCAUGCUGAUUGCAUUGAGUAUAUAUAAACCAGACUGAUCAAUUAAUAACCAAAUACCGCUGAGCUUUAUGAAUACUGUGGUCAGAUUAGUCUACAACACUAUUUAUGUUUAUAUUCAUAUGUAUCUGCGAUGACACCAAACGUCUUCUGAAACUUUAUUGAAAUCAGAUUAAUGCAAUCUGAGCAAAUGGAAUUUCAAGGAAAAUAGACUGGGCCAAAUCCAAAAGCAAAAUAUUGAGCUCC